AUGUCAUCCUUCCCAACUGCCAUAUCAAAGUACAUCCGUGGGCCCAGCUCACGGGCCAAACGAGCUUGCAACCAAUGCCGUGACAGCCACGUGCGCUGCGAUGGCAGCCAGCCCUGCGCCUUCUGCAGGCAACGGAACACCCCGUGCUCGUUUCGGACGGAGCCACUGUUCACUGCCAACGAGUGGCACCCCGAGAGCCUUAUGCUGCCACCCCUGUCGCCGUCACAACACACUCUGCCGGCUGCGAUGUCAGGCUUUGACUGGGUCGACGAGACGGACAGCGUUGCCGACCUCUACAAACGCGUAGAUGUCGACGCCGACGCGGAUGCGAACCAAAACAGCCUCUCUUCGAAACUGUCGUUGAAACUGUCCGCUAAACUGCCAUCCAAAAUGCCAUCACCCACACACCACCCACACACCACAGCCGGCCUGCCGGCGAGCAUGCCUCUGCCGCGGCCCAUCACCGACGUCACAGACGCUUUUUACAUGUCGCGCUACGCCGAGUUCAUUGGUCCACGCUUUGACCUCUUUGACGAUGGCGCUCGCUAUUUUUCCAUCGAGGUACCUCUGAUGGCCCUUCACAACCGUCUGCUGCGUCUCGCCUGCCUCGCGGCGGCCGCCGUCCAGUUGUCGCUGGAGACCGGCCGGGGCAAGCACAACGUGCUUGCCUACUACGACGAGGCGCUGCGUCUACUCUCUGCCCACCUCGAUUGUCCGAGCUACGACCCGGCCGUCUUUGCGAGCUGUCUGCUCAUCGCCCACUGUGAAAUGGUGGAGAGCAAGACAGGCGACUGGCAGCUCCAUCUGCGCGGCACCGGUGACCUCGUCGCCCUGCAAAAGUGGCACGGCCGCAGCGGCGGCUUGGCCGAGGCGUGCUUCUGGAUAUAUUGCCGCAUGAUGAUCUUAGCAUCACUCUCGUCCGCCCGCCCCACCCUCAUCCCUCCGACAGAAUGGCUCCCUGGCGGCGUCUUCGACGACCCGCAGCGCUGGACGCUCCACGCCUGGCAGAAAAAAGUUGUCUUCCUUUUGGGCAGCGUGCACCACUUUUGGUUCCGCAGCCGCCACGGCCAGACCAUUGCGCCGCUGGAGUCGACGAUGCGCCGCGCCUGGUCGGACCUCGGCGACCAGCUGCGCCGCCACGAGCAAGCGGCUCCGCCCGCCUGCACUCCUAUCAGCGCAGUGCCCGCCACCGUGGACUGCCCGUUUGACCUGGUCCGCUACAUCGCGGGCCCCAUUUCCGCUGCCUGGCAGAUGCUGCAUACGGCGCACCUGCUCCAUGCUCUCGCGGAGCCCCCCGGUACCGAUACCGGUCCCGAUACCGAUACCAAUCCCCGGAGCCGACGGGCUCUUCUGGCGUCACCACGUGUCGCCAACACGGCCCUCGCCCGGGCGCGCCAGGUCGUGAGCAACUCACUCGCCAACCGCAGUCUUGUGGCGUGGGCCAACGCUGUCCAGCUGCUUGGCGUCGCCGGCACGUGUCUUGUCAGCGACGCCGAGCGAGACGAGUGCAUCACGGUCCUCGAACAGAUGGAGACCCUGACGGGCUGGAACACGCGAACCACCGUCCAGCAUCUUCAGCGCGCUUGGCUCGCCGGUGGAACGGACCUGGGCACGUUACUGUAUAAUGCAUGGGCAAAUGAAGGUGUGGGGACUGCAGGUAGAUGA